AUGGCUUCUGCUACGAAUAAUCAAAUGGAAGCAGAUGCUGAUUAUAUUCCACCCGUAAAAUUAAGGAAAACAACAAAUGAGGAUGAUCAUAAUGAUUUAUAUUGUUUUGAAUGUCAUGAUGAAGGUGAUGUUAUUUGUUGUGACUCAUGUCCACGUGUAUAUCAUCCAAAAUGUCUUAGUUUGACAACAUUACCUGAUGGUGAUUGGACAUGUCCCGAAUGCAAAAUUACUCAAUCGCCAUUUAAUAUAACGAAUCAUUCAAUGAAUGAAUUUCAUACUAUGUUAAAAUAUGCUGUUCGUCGAAUGAAAUCUCAUCCACAAGCUACCCCAUUUAUGCGUCCUGUUGAUUCAAAACAAAUGCCUGAAUAUCUUGAUUAUAUAAUUCAUCCAAUGGAUUUAGAAACAAUUGACAAAAACAUUGAUUUAAAAAAAUAUACAUCUACUGAUGCAUUUAUUGCUGAUGUAAAAUGGAUAACACAUAAUAGUCAAAGUAAAUUUACUGCUGUGGCACGUGCACUCUUAAAAAUUGCUCGUCAUGAAAUGAUAGAAAUUGAAAUAUGUUCAGAAUGUUAUUUACGUAGUGCUCAACCAUUAUCAACAGAUUGGUUUGCUGAACCAUGUAAAAUUCCACAUACAUUAUGUUGGGCUAAAAUGAAAGGUUAUCAACCAUGGCCAGCUAAAGUCCUACGUGUUGUUUCUGAUGAAGUUGAUGUUCGUUUUUUUGGUCAACAUGAUAGAGCAUGGGUAUCCAUUAAUAAUUGUUUUAUUCUUUCAAAAGAAUAUCCAGGUUUAGAAAAGAAGAAAACGAAUGUUAAUUUUGAAAAAAGUCUUACAGAAUUACAAAGUCAUAUUGAUAAAUUAAAAACAAUAUAUGGACAUUUUAAUUAUGCACCAUUACAAACACCACUUAGUAAAGUGAAACCGUUUAAAUUCGUUUCAAUCAUUGACGAUUCAAUUCCACCUACGUAUAUGACGAUUGGAAAUAAUAAUAAUACACUUCGUUCAUCUGUCAAGUGUGUAAAACAAGCACGUUCUCCUACAUUACAACCAACAACUGAAUCAGCUAUAAAUACUAAAACAGCAACUAAACGUUCAAAUGAAAAUUCUCAGGAACAACAGGAAUCAGUUAAACGAGCACGAGUUUCAUCUCGAACUACUGAUGAUACUAAUACAAAUUCAAAUAGAAUUGUAUUACGAAUACGAAAACCUAGUGAAGAUUUAUCAAGUGGUCGAAGUGAAACAUCAAAUUGUAGUAGUAAUCAUCCAUUAACUAUUCAAAUAAAAGAACCAUUAUUAGCAUUAAAAGAAGAUGAAGAAGAACAAACGGAAUCUCAAUUAAUAAAUGUUUUUGAAAUAUUUGAUCAAACAUCAGAUCCAUCGAAAAACGACGAUGAAAUGUCAUGUGUAUCACCUAAAAAUCAAAUAUGUUCUCCUUCCUCAGAUACUAAACUUCAAAGUUAUACAUUAAUUAAUGAAUAUAUUGAUCCAAAUGCAGAAGAUGUCAGAUUAUCAAUGAAUGCUUUACUCGAUGCUGUUGAUGCACUUAAAUCAAUAUCUGAAGUUCGUACUAAUGAAUCCUUAUUAACCACAACAACGUCAUCGACAAAUGAAUCUCGACCAGUACAACUUCAAUUUGCUGAAAGACGUACAACGACAAAACAACCAAGAAAAUCUCGUUUACAACAUCGUAUAAUAACAUCUCAACCAAAACCAUUACCACUACCACCACCAACUACGAAUGUAUCUCUUCCAUCUUUUGAACAACAUAUAAAUGAACAAUCACUUUCUCCAACACCAGCAAAUAUGCCAUUAAGACCAUUAUCAAUAAGUCCUGCGAGUGCUGAUAUUUUUGAAGAUAUUGCAACUUCAACAAUUGAUGAUUUAAUAACACAACAUCAACCAUUAGAAAGAACAAAAUCUAUUGAAACUCUUAGUGUCAAAUCUGAACCUAUCGAUAAUGAAGAACAUAAAAAAAGUCGAGUUAUUCAACCGAUACCAUCUACUCAAUCAUCGACACCAAGUUCAUCAACUAUGUCAACAAAAUCUUUUUUAAUAUCUCCACCAGCGAAUACACAUCAUCAUCAUAAAACUAAAACACCUAUUCCUCCACUUACUACAACUUCCAAUUCUCAUUUUCCAGCAAUGAUACCAAAUAGUAAUAAUACAUUUGCACCACGAACAUCAUCAACAGCUUCACAAAAACCAAAUUGGCCAACACCACCUUUACCGAUGUCUUCUUCAACACGACAACCACCAAAUACAGCACAUAAACGACCUGCUCCACCAUUAUAUCCACCGACUGCACAACGCAAUAGUAAUAAUAAUAAUCCUUCAAAAACAAGAAUAACUCCUCCGACAUCUUUACAACCACAAUCGUUUGAUGUAUUUUCUGUUAAUACACCAGUACAACGUAGACCGAAUGGUAUACCUCAUCCAUCUUUACCUUCGAAUACUCCACCACUUCCAAAUCGAAAUCCUGUACGAAUGCCACAAUUUAAUAAUCAUCUAAUUCGACCACCAAUCGAAGAUAUUCAAACACCAGGUGAAAUACAGAUAAUCAUAAAAAGUUUUAAUGAUAAAUUUCAACAAUUAUUAACUGAUUUUACUGUUAAAAUUGAAACAGCCCUUGAAUCAAAUCGAGUCAAAUAUGAAAAAGAAUUAGAAGAAACACGUCGAACAUAUCGUAUGUCAAUGAAUGAAUUACGUACAAUAACAACUCAACAAGUUCAAGAAAUGCACAAUAGUUUAGAAUUACAAUAUUGGACGCGUCUUUCAGAAAUGCGUAAUCGAUAUGAAUCAACGCUUCAACAACAUACUAAACCUUCUAAACAAAUGAAUGGUGGUCCUCUAUUGUUCUUCCGUUAUCUUCUCACUAUUUUUCUUGUCUGA